AUGGCGGCGAGUUCGUGGUGCCUCUACGCGGCCGUGCCCCCGCUCGCGCACCCAUCCACCGCAACGAAUAGCCCAGGAAGACGCGGGCAACGACCCGCCGCCUCCUCUUCCGUAUUUAGGAGAAGCGGCGGGGCCCUCGUAGGAGGGUGGGGAAACAGGAGAAGGGGCGGGAGGACGCGGAGUGGGGUCGUUUCUAUGGCCCCCGACGAAGAGAAGAUGACCCGCCGGUCGCCGCUCGACUUCCCAAUCGUAAGGCCAUCUCUGUCCCUCUUUCUAUGAAUUCUAUUCUCGGGCUCUCUAUUCCUUGUAGUCGUCCGCUUUACCGGUUCCAUUUUCUAGUUGUUCCACGUGAUGCUGUCUCUUGUAUUUGUAUGAGACCUCUGGUGACACCGUAAACAGCAGCAGAGCUGUCUGCGGAGUACCAACUCGAGAAUCAUACUCAGGUAUUCAGUGUUUGUCAUCGCUGAGGGAUUGGUUGUAGAGGAACUUUGGUGGCUGAGGAUUCUCCUAUGCUUUCAUCCUUUCAAUUUUCCUCAGAUAUCCAGUGUUUGUCUUCGCUAGGGGUUCCCUACAAAGGAUUAAUUCUUAAUGUACAAGAUUCCAUUGAUCUUCUUUAUUUUCAUCUUGUAUUCUAUUAAUUGUGAGGAUAUGAAGAUCAAAUUCAUAGAUCUGGGGGCCGAUAGCCCGAAACUAAUCCAUGAAUGAAGGAGCAACCCGAAUCCAUGGCUAUUUUCUUCAUGUCUACGAUGAGAUGUCAUGUUUCUAGUUCAUAUCCAAGAAAAAAAAUUGGCCUAUUAUGCGACCUUAGAGAAAAUCAAAAAUUUGGUCAAUCCAAAGUCUAGUGAUUCUUAUAUUUUUCUCCAUUCCGUUUUAUUAGCAUAGCCAUCUCUGUAUGAAGAAAGGAAUUACGAACUUUGGAAAAUCGGUUGUCUCACAGUGGAAGCAUGGCACUGAAUAAUUCAUCGAGUACUAACAUUCAAUUCCGAUGUUGUUUUAGGCAAUGAUUGUUUACCAUGACAGGGAAAAGAAAGUCCCCUGAGUUCACAAAGAAGAAAACAUAGUUCGUAAGGUUGGCUUAAAAGUUCAAACGAAAGAAGGAAGCAGGAAAAGACCAGGGAGAAGAUGAGGAGGCCCUUAUUUUAUUUUACUUUUCUUACUAAUUCGUACAGGCCAAUGCCAGUUACUUUAUCCAUUUUAUUGAUUUUCUCAUUUUUUCUUCGUACUUGUUUUUUUUUAAAAAAAAUCCAGUCUGCAAAUCUUGGUCUAACUUUUGUUCCCCGAUAUCAGCCUAUUGGCUGACUCAAUUCGAUUUAUGUUGCUCCAAGUCUGCCCAAAUAGGUGAGGAUUAAAUCCUCUCCAUCCAUGCCUCGAGUCACAAACUGGCAUCGGCAUGUGCUUCUAGGCUUGAUUAUUCCAAAUGAAUCAAUAAAAACUGGAAUCAUAGUUUUAAAGUCUGAGGUUUCUGGUUUAGAAUAGCUGACAUAUGUGAUUGUUUCCCAGGUCUUCCACCCUGAGCAUUGUUGAAUUCCAUCCAAAUCCCAAAAAUGAUACCUCAUGUUUUUGUAAUUGUGGGGCUUUCAUUUUCUUAGUGGUUGUGAAGAAUUUCAUGUUUACUUGGAAUGGAGUCCCUAAACCCUUGGAAUUUGGUCAUUUUUAUUUAUGUUUGGUUUCUUAGGCUGGGAAUCUGUGCUUUUAAACAAAAAAUCGUAGCCUCUCUUCUAAAAAAUAAUAAUGAUACGUAUCUUUUUGCUGCAACAUGAGAUGAUUUUCACAAAUUCCCUGAUAUGCUGAGCUGAAUUAACCUCUCCUAAGUAUCAGAAUUUUGUCGGAGACUCAAUUGGGUGAUUCUAAGAUGUCAGUACCAGAGUAGGGUAUUUCUCUAUAUAAUUUUUGGGGUUGUGUGGUCAUGAGAGGGAGUGGGUCCAUUUAAGGUAAAAAAUUGAUUAUUUGGGAGUUGGGGGAGCCUUGUAUGGUUAAAUUCCGAAUUGUCAUUCUAGGAGGAUAUGCUAAUAUUGUUUAGUUUAGAGCAGUCAUUUGGUGGCUAUUCUUCUUUCAAAUGAAGUAAAUCCUUACAGGCCCUUCUUCUGGAAUGCUGUGGCAGCACGUAGUUGAUUCGUUUCUCGUGUGAAACCCAAGUUUGAAUAUUUCCAAUGUUCCAAUUGAACCAGAAGGCUCAUACAAGUAGUAGCCACUACAUGAAAUAUUCUGCAAAUGUAAUGUUUGUAUAUUGUGCGUGGAUGAGUGAGAGGGAUGAGGUAUAUGGCUGAUCUUGAUGAUUUAUGGUUUGCUAAUCAUAUCAUUCAAUUGCUAGUUAUUUUUUAAUGAAGGAUCUAAUCAUUUGGGCCGCCGAUAUAAUUUAAAUUGCCUUGAUGUCAUAUGUUACUAUCUCUCAUUUUCUGGACUACAAGCACAUGACAGAGUUUAAGUUAGUGGGAAUCUACUAGAAAGUGGUGACAGCCCCCUUUGGGCAAGUUAAUGAGGCAUGGCUUCUCCUGCUGAAACCAGUCUAUUUCUUGCUUGAAUGGAUUAUUGAUUGGAAAACCCUUUGAUGUAUGAAUCUAGACUACAAAGUCAAGGUCUUAAAGUCUUCUAAAUGUGCUCAUGACUUUUAAUGGGAGACCUGGAAUUCCACGCAUCAGUUGAGACAUGAAACUAAGAUGUAUCCUAUGAUUGAUAGUCUUAGAAAUAAUUGUUCGUAAUUUUGGCACUGGAUAUUCUGCUCUUUUUUUUUUUGUUAAAGGCACACCACUGAGCAUAACAAAUAAUUUUUCGAUGGUUUCUGAUAGAUUUCGUUGUGUGUGUGCCUAAAAUCAUUUUUGGAAGCAAGGAACCCAAUGGGGGCAGUGAAAAUUAUCACUGAAUUUUCUGACUUUUUUUAUCGUAUAUAUUUUUAUUUACUGUAGGAGUGGGAAAGACCCAAACCAGGCAGAAGACCUGAUAUAUUCCCCCAAUUCAGUCCGAUGAAGACACCACUGCCCCCUCCUCUGCCAGCGGACCCUCCUGAAGAGGAUGAAGAGGAGGAGGAGAAGAAGGAGGAAGAGGAGGACCCUGAAAAGGAGGAGGAGGAGAACCCUGACAAGCCACAGUCGAGGAUGCGGCGAAGAGCAUGA